AUGAAGUUAAUUAAUAUCGUUUUGGCUGCAAGUAUCGCUACUACUAUCUUUGCAGCUCCCGCUGUAAUUAAUUCUGAAGUUGACAAAGUAAAAAGAGAUGCAGAUGCAAGCGCAGAAGCUGGCUGGACCUGGCUUAAACAUAGAAAGGGUGCUCCUAUCACGAAGAGAGAGGCGGAAGCAGAAGCAGAAGCAGAAGCAGAAGCGGGAUGGACCUGGCUCAGACAUAGAAAAGGUGCUCCUAUCACGAAGAGAGAGGCUGAAGCAGAUGCAGACGCAGAGGCUGGCUGGACCUGGCUCAAACAUAGAAAGGGUGCUCCUAUCACAAAGAGAGAAGCAGAAGCAGAAGCAGAAGCGGGAUGGACCUGGCUCAGACAUAGGAAGGGCUCUCCUAUCACAAAGAGAGAUGCUGAAGCAGGAUGGACCUGGCUCAAACAUAGAAAAGAGGCUGAAGCAGAUGCAGAAGCGGGAUGGACCUGGCUCAAACAUAGAAAAGGUGCUCCUAUCACGAAGAGAGAGGCUGAAGCAGAUGUAGAAGGAGAAAUAGAAGCCCAGGCCGCUUACGUCGAUAAAAGAGAAGUAGGGGCUAGUGAAGAUGCUACCACCGAAAAUUCAGUUGAAUAG